GAUGGAGACUAUGAUGCUGAAUCUGCGGAAUCUGUUUGAGCAGAUUGUACGCCAGACGGAGAUUCUCAAUGAAGGAAAUGAACUCCAAUUUAUUCAGUUGGCAAAGAAUUUUGAACAUUUUCGCAAGAAAUGGCAAAGGACAGAGCACGAAUUAGGACAAUACAAGGAUCUUUUGAUGAAAGCAGAGACAGAACGUAGUGCUCUAGAUGUGAAACUGAAACAUGCACGAAAUCAGGUAGAUGUGGAGAUCAAACGGAGACAACGAGCAGAAGCUGAAUGUGAAAAGCUGGAACGACAGAUUCAGCUGAUUCGGGAGCUGCUCAUGUGUGAUGCAUCUGGCAGUAUUCAACUAAGCGAGGAACAAAAAUCAGCUCUGGCUUUCCUCAACAGGGGCCAACAGUCCAGCAGCAAUGCUGGGAACAAAAGACUGUCAACCAUUGAUGAGUCGGGCUCCAUUUUAUCAGAUAUCAGCUUUGACAAGACUGAUGAAUCCCUGGACUGGGAUUCUUCUGUGGUGAAGACCUUAAGGCUGAAGAAGAGAGAAAAGAGGCGUUCUAACAGCCGGCGGUUUAUGGAAGGUCCACCAGGAGCAACGAAGAAAACUCGUUCCAUUGCUUCUACAGUAGACCAGGGGAAUGAGUCCAUAGUUGCAAAAACUACGGUCACUGUUCCCAAUGAUGGUGGCCCUAUUGAAGCAAUAUCCACUAUUGAAACUGUGCCCUGUUGGACAAGGAGCCAAAGGAAAACAGGCACUUUACAGCCUUGGAACAGCGACUCUGCACUGGCUGGCAUGCCAGUGGAGUCCAUGCCAGAGACUGACAGUUCCAGUACUCCACAAAAUAACGGAGGCAUGCGUUUGCAUGAAUUCGUUUCUAAGACGGUUAUUAAACCAGAGUCAUGUGUUCCUUGUGGAAAGAGGAUAAAGUUUGGAAAAUCGUCCCUAAAGUGCCGAGACUGUCGAGUGGUGGCUCAUCCAGAGUGCCGGGAUCACUGUCCUCUUCCUUGCAUUCCAACAUUGAUAGGCACACCUGUCAGAAUUGGAGAGGGCACUCUGGCAGACUUUGUGUCCCUGACUUCACCAAUGAUCCCCUCCAUUAUUGUCCAUUGUGUAAAUGAGAUUGAACAACGAGGGUUGAAUGAGGCAGGUCUCUAUAGGAUCUCAGGUUGUGACCGGACAGUAAAAGAGUUGAAAGAGAAGUUCCUUCGAUCAAAAACUGUUCCCCUUCUCAGCAAAGUAGAUGACAUCCAUGCUAUAUGUGGCCUCCUUAAAGACUUUCUUCGGAACCUCAGGGAACCACUUCUUACCUUUCGGUUAAAUAAGACCUUUAUAGAAGCAGCAGAAAUCACAGAUGAGGACAACAGCAGAGCUGCCAUGUACCAGGCUAUUGGUGAACUCCCCCAGGCCAACAGGGACACAUUAGCUUUCCUCAUGAUACACUUGCAGAGAGUUGCUGAGAGUUCCAGCACUAAAAUGAAUGUUGCUAAUCUGGCCAAAGUCUUUGGUCCUACAAUAGUCGCUCAUGCGGUACCCAAUCCUGACCCUAUGACAAUACUACAGGAUACCAAACGUCAGCCCAAGGUGAUAGAGCGCUUGCUAUCUCUGCCAGUGGAAUACUGGAGCCGGUUCAUGAUGGUAGAGCAGGAGAAUAUUGACCCAGUGCAUGGCACUGAAAACUCUAAGGGCUGUUCUACACCACAGAUGUCUGAUGUUAAAGUGAGCCUGUUGGGGCCUCUGACUACUCCUGAGCACCAACUCAAGACUCCUUCAUCUAGCUCACUAUCCCAGAGAGUUCGCUCUACUAUUAGUAAAAGUACUCCUAAGUUUGGAAGCAAAAGCAAGUCUGCUACCACCCUAGGACGUCAAGGCAACUUUUUUGCCUCUCCAAUGCUCAACUGAAAUCACUCUGGCUUUGUCUCUUCCCUGGCAUUUGAACUCUGCAAGAAAGCCCACAAACUGUAGACUUUGUUUUGUGACUUCCUGUACUCGCUACUACUUUAUCAUUCUCUAGGCUUUUUAUUAAAUUUAAUUGUGCAUGGAAUUUUUAUUAAAACAUUAUAUAUACAUACACACAUAGAUAUCUUCAAUUGAAGUAGUAACACCUAAUAUUGGUAGUUUUUGUUAACUUUUAAGUGAGAGAUCUGUGCAGGAGUGGGAGUUGGAUGGAUUCUUUAGAAAAUACUAGGUUGUUUUUUUUCUUUUUAAAGUUUCUUUUGGCUUGAAGUUUAAAUGCUGCCCAUGAAAUGACCCAACUGUCCCAAAGAUUUUUUAAGAGGUAUUUCCUUGUGGUAGUGGCAAGAAUACAAUCUCUUUGGCAAGAUUGGUUUGUCUUAGAGUAAAAUGAAAGCAGGGGGGUGGGGAGAGGAGGGAGAAAGGACUUACAGCAUGUCAGCUUCAGCAAACAUUAAAAUUUCCUUUACCGCUAUACCUGACUCCAUUCUGAACAUAAUAGUUUGCUGUGCCAGUUAGAAAUAUAUGGUAUGCUUGGCUUAACAUGAAUUGAUUAGCUCUUGAUGAUAUUAAGUGGGCACAACCUUGUAAAAUACAAUACUAAAGCUUAUAUUUGUGUCGUGUACAUGACUGGAAGUUUCCAUUAGUUGGGGUCAAAGCCAGUCUGUUUUUAAAAAUGAAUUUUGGGACCUCUGGAGGUUGAUAAACUUUUUUUGGGGUGUCCUACAUAAUAGUCAAGAGAGUAGAAUUUAAAGUGAGUAUUAUCACAGCUUUAUGUGACAGAGUAAGCACUGGUCAUUUUUUUCUUUGCACUUUGGAUGCUGGGAUUUGCCCUGUAACAUGUAUAUAUGCCCAGGGUUUUUCUUCAAAAGACCCAUCCCAAUAUUUGUAAAAAUGGUUUCUUUUGUAUCCCUAUCUCAGAAACUGUACUGACCUUUGUCUGUCAAACUCAGAUAUUUGGAAUGAUAACUUUGAAAAAAGUAAACUGCUUUUUCAUUAUGAA